AUGGAGGGAUGGUUCUGGGGUUAUGUGUCAGUGUCUGAAAAGCAGACUCAUCUUCGUGUCCCUGUAGUGUCUGAGGAGUCUGAGGAAGCACGUGUGCCCUUGUCUGUCGUGAGUGGCAUGGCUUGUUGCAAGGGUCCCCUGUGCUCUGGAACCGGUCAAGUUUCGCACCAUCGUCCUGUGAAGGUGACACCCUGGUCACCCUCUCACCCCAGCCCCAGACCUCAGGUCUGUGUCAGUGUCGGAAAGGGUGUCACCUGCGUGGAUGUCAGUUUCGAAGAGUCUCCCAGGGCCUCGCCUCAAAUAACUUCAGCCUAUAGUCAUGCCUCCGGUUAUGUGCCCAGGAUGCUAAAGCGUCUCACCACUGUUACCCCCUCAUCUCACACCACUGGGCAAAAAGACCCUGAAAUCGUAUCUCCUGGUGAGAAAAAAGAGCAGAGUCUUGACUGUUGUCCAGAAGUUACUUUGCUCCUGACUAAAGGUUUCCCCUUAGGGUAGAAGUUGCUAUUUGAUUUUGCCUCCCACCCUUUCUGGUGACCUUCCAAGAUGAAAACACUUUUUAAAAACAAGGAAUAAGCCUUUCUGAGCAACCUAUGACCUGCCUGUCUCCUGUCAACUCACAGACUGAAUAUCAGGUGUUCAUCAACCUAUCUCAGUUUCCUGAACACAUUCACUGUGUCCGCCAUUGUCACCAUUAUCUCGUUGCUUCAAAAUGUGCAGGUCCCACGAGGUAAUAAACUCGGGGAAACUCAGGGUUAUGAACAAUGUGGACUUUUAGAGGACUGGAUUUUUGGAUGUUUUCUGUUUUGAGGGCAGCUGCUCUCACUGUUUUUAAGGGUCUUCCAUAAGCAUGGUGACAGUGGCACUCACAGUAAGCCACUGGCAGAACACCGGGCUGCGUGUCCUAGACCAAGGUUUAGAAGCUGUUGCCUGGCUCAGCAUGCCCGGACAUCACUACUUCUCCCUGGCACUCACGAGCGAGACGCCAAGUUCAGGGUGAACUUUUCUUGCUGCCAUGGGGAGAAAUGGAGUCUGUGAGCUCACCAAGGAGUCCCGAAAGACAGGGAUCAUUUUCAGGUAUGGCCAACAUAAAUGCUUUCCACCAUUCAAGACACUCGUGCGUAGGGCCACUUGAGGAACUUAGGUGUUGGAAGAGGUGGGGGCUAGAGGUGCCAAGACCACCUCAAUUAGAUGACCACUUUUUCCCCUCGUGACACCUGUCAUCUCUCGCCAGGGUUCCCAGGGUCUUUACACUUCCAGAGUUGAGAGUAACUCACUUUCACCUUGAAUCCAUGCUGUCUCUUGGAUUACAAGUGUGCGUUACUCUACAUCCAGCGAGAGAGGUUUAUAUCUGCCAGGGUUCCCUCAACUGCCUCCUUUUUGCAGAGAAUAACACCCACUGGAACUGAUCUAAGGACGCUGCCUCUACGAUUUGUGCUGAAUAUCCAAGGUAUCACUGCACAUUGGAGACUGGGAUGUUAAGAGUCCUUGAACUCUGAGCUGAAGCCUUUACAAAUAGGGAGUUUGGCAGGGAAGACGCCUGGGUUUUAAAUUCAGAAUCCUAUUUAUAUACUGUUAAAAUUUGAGGUACUGUAGUUAAUAUAAAAGUUGGAUAUUUAGAUAUAUUUCAGAACUAGGAGCUUCUUUGUGACCAUUAACAUAGCAGAUUAAGUAAUAAAUACAGUGAAAAUGAUUGUCAGUAAAUUAUCAUGUUGAAUUUUUUGUUUAUUUUGUAGUGUUUCUGUAUUUAUCUGCACUUUGUGUAUAUAUAUAUACACACACAUAUAUGUCAACAUGUAAAUAACCUCAUGUUAUUCCUAAUCUAAAUUGCCACAAUAUCAUUAAUGUAUGUUUACACUGCAUCUUAAAUUACUUUAAAAAUAAACUUCAUUAGCACAUUGUCA